AUGGGGCUGUUUUCUGCUGGACUUAUCUUACAUAUAGCACGAAUUGUACCGUUUAUUAGUGCAGGAAGAAAUUUCCAGACCACAGUAACUGGCUCGCUUCCGUUCAACUACCGCGAGUUGAGCCAACGCAAAUGGAACAAGCAUGAUUCAACCAAAAAUCCGCUUAUAAUUGGACUGCCUUUUGGAGCAUUCAUCUCUAUACGGAGCGAUGAAAAACCCAAAGAUGGACUUUGUCACAUCUCACAGAUUUCCACUCGACGAUUGGAAUCCCCUUCUGAAAUCUUGAAGACCGGACAGGAGGUUUUUGUCAAGGUGAUAAAAGUCCAGAAUGAUGGCAAGAUCUCCCUUUCUAUGAGAAACAUUGACCAGAGUAAAGGAGCUGAGGUACUGGAGACAGGACCUGUAGAGCCACGGGCACAGAAACGGAAACAGGACCCGGAUCUCUGGGAGCUGACACAGAUGAACAGUGCAUUCGGUGUUAAGAAGAUUGCCUUGAUGGGCAACGGUGGCGAUGAUCCAUAUGCCGAAGUUGAAGAAGCUCGAGAACAGGAAUCAGAAGAAGAAGAAGUGGAGAUCGAGGUGUCAAAAAGGGUGCCGUCUUUCUUGAAGGGGAAGAAUUUCAGAUUGGACGUAAAUGAAUCAGAUCUCACUGGCACCAAAAAUCCAGAAGGCUCCAUGACAAAAGUUGCCCAGUAUGGAUCGAAGUUCAUGAGCGAGGCCAAGAUGAGGAAGUUGGAGCAAAAAAACGAGGAAGAUCGCGCCAAGAGAUUAGAGGAGAAGAUUAGGAUGAAUGGUGACCCUUUGAACCAAAUGUCGAGGUCCAGCGAAAACGAGAUCAAAGAUUCUGCAUACAAGGAAUGGCAGCGCCAAUCCAGAAACCAGUCCUACGGGAUCCGUUCCAGCAUGACUAUUAAGGAACAGCGAGAAUCUCUACCAGUGUAUCAAAAAAGAGAUGCACUUCUCCAGUUAGUGCAGCAGAACGAUUUCCUUAUCGUCGUUGGUGAAACAGGUUCCGGAAAAACUACACAGAUUACUCAAUAUUUGGCAGAGGAGGGCUACUCGACCAAAGGGGUCAUUGCUUGUACCCAGCCAAGGAGAGUGGCUGCGACCAGUGUGGCGAAACGAGUUGCGCAGGAAGUCGGCUGUAGAGUGGGCGAAGAAGUUGGCUACACAAUUCGUUUUGAGGACUGUACGAGUAACAAGACCAUAAUCAAAUACAUGACCGAUGGUAUGUUGCAGCGAGAAGUUCUGGUUGAUCCAGACUUAACGAAGUACUCCGUGAUCAUGUUGGACGAAGCUCACGAGCGGACGAUUGCGACAGACGUGCUUUUUGCGCUUUUACGGGAGGCUGUGAUAAGACGCAAAGGGGGUCUCAAGCUCAUAGUCACAUCUGCUACUUUAGAUUCUCAAAAGUUCUCCAAAUACUUUGAGAACUGUCCCGUGUUCCACAUCGAGGGCCGCACGUUUCCGGUCAAGAUUUUCUACACGAAGGAGCCAGAACUCGAUUAUAUCCAGUCAACCAUCGAAACAGUUAUAGACGUGCACACAAAUAAUCCACCGGGCGACAUCCUCGUGUUUCUGACCGGCAAAGAGGAGAUUGAUACUUGUUGCGAAACCUUGGUCGAGAAAAUGAGUCUGCUACGUGCAGAAAAACCUACUGUCUCGGAACUGAUUGUUUUGCCAAUCUAUUCCUCUCUACCAUCAGAAAUGCAAAGCCGUAUCUUUGAGCCAACUCCCCCAGGAAAACGCAAAGUUGUGCUCGCUACGAAUAUUGCCGAGACAUCUGUCACGAUCGACGGAAUUUACUACGUUAUUGAUCCGGGCUAUGUCAAAGUCAACGCUUAUGAUCCCAAGCUGGGAAUGGACACAUUAAUUGUGCAGCCGAUCUCUCGAGCACAGGCAGAUCAACGGUCUGGAAGAGCAGGAAGAACGGGCCCUGGUAUUUGCUACCGUUUAUAUACAAAGAACGCAUACCUGAACGAGAUGCCAGCCAAUACUGUUCCCGAGAUUCAGCGUCAAAAUCUGUCCUACACGAUUUUGAUGCUGAAGGCGAUGGGGAUCGACGAUGUCCUUGGCUUCAACUUCAUGGAUAGACCGAAAGAGCAGCUCAUUCUCACAGCGCUAGAAGAGCUUUAUAUAUUAGAUGCGUUGGACGAAAAUGGAGUUUUGACAGACUUUGGGCAACGGAUGGCGUUCUUCCCAAUGGAACCACUGCUAUCCAAAACUCUGAUCCAGUCAAUUGAGUUCAAAUGUUCGGAUGAGGUCAUCACCAUCAUUGCCAUGCUUUCCGUGCCAGACGUUUUUUACCGUCCCAAAGAGAAACGAGACGAGGCAGAUCGCAUAAAAGCUAAAUUCCACGAUUAUAACGGAGACCAUCUAACUCUCUUGAAUGUCUAUAACAAAUGGUCCGACGCGGAAAACCAGAGACUUUGGUGUCAAAACAACUUUGUUCAUGAAAAGUCGAUGCGAAGAGCCAGAGAGGUGCGCAGGCAGCUUCUGAAAAUCUUCGACAAUCUUGACAAGCGAGGGCGUCACACGGAAUCGUCUGUGAUCAGCUGCCGUGGAAACUGGGAUCUGAUUCGUAAAGCUUUUGUUUCUGGAUAUUUCAAAAAUUCAGCCAAACGCGCAGCGACACACGAUCCAGAAGAAGGGUCCUAUCGGACACUGGUCGAGAACACCCCCGUGCACAUUCAUCCUUCGUCCUCGCUUUUCAGGAAACACGGGGUAGACUAUGUGAUUUACCACACGCUUGUGCUGACUAAUAAGGAAUACAUGCAUUGUAUCACCAAAAUCGAUCCAAAAUGGCUGGUGAUGUACGCUCCGCGGUUUUUUAGGACUGCCGAUCCGUCGCAACUGAGCACCAAGAAGAAAACGGAGAAACUGCAGCCCUUGUUUAAUAGAAAUGAUCCGAAGGAAACUUGGAGACUCAGCAAGGGCCGGCGUUGA